AUGGGUUCACCCGACUUGCACGUAGGUGACCGGGUCAUGUUGAAGGAGAGCGCGGUGGAAGAAAAAUGGAGAGCUUAUGCCAGGUAUGAGCACGACGGUAGAAAGGGAUGUGACGAUUUCAUUUGCGGUGACUGUGGAACAGCAUUGAGUAGAGCGGAUUCGCACAACAACAUAAAUUAUGAAGAGUGGAAGCACCUGAAGCAUGAAAUGCGGUUCAUGAAGGGAACUGUGAUGAAGGUGGACUCAAGGAUGUGCUGUUUCGUAAAAUGGGACAAUGAGUAUAGUUGGUAUCAGUACUAUGAAAGAGAAUGGGCCAGAUGCAUGGCCUGCGGCGAUAAUGUGUUUGGAUAUGUGGGUCCGACCACUACCGAAAAUAAAGAGAUCCCUCAUGAGAUUCCCAUCAAAUACGACGACUGGGUCCCGCUUCAACAUCACAUGUCGUUCAUGACAGGGAACGUAACGAAGGUGAGCAAUUCCUGUUGUGGCGUGAAGUGGGACGCUUGGGAAACGCAUCUGCCGAAAUCCGCACUGAGGAAGACGAACUAA